AUGGUCCUCCACACCGCCCCUUACUCCAGUGCCUGCCUGCACUUCCUGGAUGGCUUGUCAUGGAGCCUGGUGUUCCCCUGCUACUGGCUCCUGGACCGGCUCCUGGGCUCCUGCGUGGCCACCUCGCUGGAGAAGCGCCAACGCUCCCAGGACCCCUGCUCCUUCCUCACCCUGUGUGUCGUGAUCUCAGCGCCCCUUUACCUGCUCCUCCUCCUCGCCUCGCUGCCCUUCGCCCUGCUGGGCUUCGUCAUCUGGGCUCCCCUGCAGGCUGUCCGCCAGCCAUACCUGUUCACCUACCGCAGACCAGACAAAGCGCAGGCCGAGCAGGGCCAGGCUGGCCCCGGGGGUGUUGGCAUCGGGGAGUGGAGGGCGCAGGGCAGGAGCUUCUGUUUCUGCAGUGCCAACGUCUGCCUGCUGCCUGACUCCCUGGCCAGGUUCAACAACCUGUCAGACACACACCGGAGAGCCCACGAGGUGGGGAAGAGGAUCCGCAAUGGGGCCAGCCGGCCUCAGAUUAAAAUCUACAUUGACUCCCCCACCAACACUUCCAUCAGUGCGUUAUCCUUCAGCAGCCUUGCCACAGGUUUCCGCCGUACCUCCUCUCUGGAUCAGCGCCCGGACCAGACACACACCACCAACAGCCCAGCCGACCCCGAAGCCGAACCCCUCACAGAGUGCCCAAUUCACCCCUCAGUUGCCACCGACUGCCCCGUUCACCCCCCCACAGGAGACCAGGGCUCCUCCGAAUGCCCUCUGCAUCCAGACGGAGGAGACACGGCUCCAGACUGCCCCAUGCACUCCACAGGGGCUCAGAGUGGCCAGGGCCAUCCCGACUGCCCCAUGCAUGGGGACGGGACGCAGACAAAACCAUCGUCAGACUGCCCUAUGCAUACCUCAGGGGUUCAAAUCAGCAUCAGCGCCCCGGAGCCAGACCCACAGGAAGAGGAGGCCAGAACAGGGAACCAUCAGCCUGGGGAGCAGGCAGGGGGAGACAUGGGCAGCAUGACCGCCUCCAGGGAGUCACUCGCCCGUUACCAUGGCGGCGACACUGGCGUGGGGAUAUCCUCCAACAACACUCUCUCUCACGUCCCGCGCACGUCCAUCUUCAAGCGCCCCGGGCGAAAACGCCGCCACGGAGACGAGACAUUCGACCACGAGAUCUCUGCCUUUUUCCCCGCCAACUUGGAUUUCCUGGCUCUGCAGGAAGUGUUUGACCACGGGUCGACGACUAGACUGCGGCGCCAGUUGCAUCGCUACUUCCCCUACGUGCUGAGCGAUGUGGGCCGGUACGGCUGGAAAGGCUGCUGCUCGAGGUUCAAGUUCCUGAACAGUGGACUGAUGCUGGCCAGCCGCUACCCGAUCCUGGACGCACGGUUCGAGUGCUACCCCAACGGGAGGGGGGAGGACGCACUGGCAGCCAAGGGGGCGCUGUUUGCCAAGGUUCACGUGGGCACCUCCCAUCAGGACCAAAGGGUUGUGGGAUAUCUCACGUGUACGCACCUCCACGCUAUAGAAGGUGAUGCAUCUGUACGCUGUGAGCAGCUGGACCUGUUGCUCCAGUGGGGGGCUGAGUUUCGCCAAUCCUCGUCCCAACCACGUGAAGGAGAGAAGGUGCUGGAAGACCUGGUGGCCUUUGAUGUCAUCCUGGGAGAUCUCAACUUUGAUAACUGCUCUUCAGAGGACAAGCUGGAGCAGCAGCAUGCACUUUUUACUCAAUACAAGGACCCAUGUCGCCUGGGGCCAGGGGAGGACAAACCAUGGGCUCUGGGUACUUUACUGGAUCCCAGUGGCCUUUAUGACGACGAGGUCAGUUCACCUGAAAGUUUACAAAAAGUGAUGGAGAACGAGGAGGGGAGGAAGGAGUACCUGGUGUUUCCUCCAAGUAAGAGCCAGUGUCCCGCCAGCAGUCAGAAAGGGAGGAAGAUCCCGCUGAAGGGCAACGGACGCCGGAUCGACUACAUGCUCUACAGCGACGAGGGCCUGCAGCCGGACUGGAAACUGGAUAUCGAGGAGUUCAGCUUCGUCACCCAGUUGGCCGGCCUCACCGACCACCUGUCUGUGGCCAUGCGAUUGGCUGUUUCCACCGGGGAAGAGGAGCCUUAGAUUGAACACCUGAGCUUUUUUUUUUUUUAAAUACUGCCAUGGAGGAGUGACAGACGACCAGGAAGAGAAGAAGAGAUUAAGAGUUUGCAGAUACGUUUCGGCUUGAGAAAGACUAUAAAUGCAGUUCUGCGCGAGGAUUGAAGGGAGAGCGAAAUAGACGGAUGAAUCACUUGGUGGAGCACUCAGUGGAUGAAUGGAUAGAAAGAAGGUGGAGGAGAGCAGCAGCAGAGGAGUGA